UUACAUUUACGCGUCUAAAAUGUAGAGUAGAGAGAUAUCUUAAAGCAUUGAAUCCAUCGAAUGAUUGUCUACAUCUCCUUUGGGAUCUCAGACAAUUCAAUAUUCAAGACAUCUCAAAAGGAAAAUGUCAGUCCAAGAAAAAGAAAAAUCUGAGUUUUGCUUUGCUCCCACGAACCCCAAAAGAGUUAUUACAGAAGCCACCUGAUAAAUGGCUCAGCAAGGAUCCCAUGUUCCCAAGUUUGGUGAUUGGGACAGUGACAACAUUCCUUACACUGCAUAUUUUGAAACUGCGCGCACAGAGAAAGGCUCAGUAGCGAAAAGAAUAAAUCCAAAUGAUCCUGAAGAGAAUCCUUAUGCAUUCUUUGGAACGAUGGGCCAUGAAAACCAUGGAUAUUAUAAUGCAAAGAAAUUAGCACGAAACAGCUCAGGAAGAAAGACGGUAGAGAAAUCCUACGAGGAAUAUCCAGAGAAAGAAGGACAACAAGUUCACUUAAAGAGUCGAGACCAGAAGAGCAUUCGCUCUGAAUCCAGCAACGAGAAAAGCAAUUCUGACUUUUCACUUCUGCAACAAAAACAUCGGUCCUCAAGGUCCAUUGAAAAGAGAAGCCAGGGAGAAUUUAGUGGCAUCCCUCCGAUGUCACCACCACCUAAUCAAAUAAGAAGUGGGACGAGUAUACCAAAUGAUACUCGACAUCACAAAGCAGCAUCAGUUCCGAAGUUCGGUGCUUGGGAUGAAACAGACCCUAAAUCAGGGGAUGGGUUUACAAUCAUCUUUAACAAAGUAAAAGAAGAGAAGCAAAUUUUAGCAAAUAACUUUCCGCCUAUUUGCCCACCGCCAACAAAUUACUCCAAAGAAAGUUCAUCGAAGGCACCAAGGAGAUGCUGCUGUCUAUUUUAGGGAGAGGUGACCAGGCUUUUUUGCUGGAAGUGCCUGCAUGGCAACGGUUGUUAGAGGCGACUUAUAGGCUCUUCUGUAUGUUAAUUUGUUUUUUUGUUUCACUAUGCAACUUAUGGAAACGAUCCGUUCAUGUACCCUGUUCUUUACGGACGUAGAGUACUCUGCCUAUUCAUCUAGCUACUACUUGUCUGUCAUCAUUAGUUGCGUUUGUAUUUCGUGUGUGUUGAGUGCAUUGGCUCGUAGUGUAUGCAAAAUUGGAACAUUUAAGUUUUCAUAUAUAUU